CCCUUGUCAUAUUUCUUUAUUCAAAAUUAACAAUUAACUGCGCAGUUUACCUCAAGCACAGACGUGAAAAGGAUAUAAAAUAUAAUUCACAAAACUAAUACAAGUAAAUUGUACCAGUAGAAAAAGGAGCAAUAGAGGACUGAUAACAGAGAGAACCAGAUAAGAAAAAAUGAUGACCCAAACAGUUAUGCAACCAGCGAUGCAACCAGUGAUGUAAACAUCGGUGCAGCCAGUGAUGCACCCAGCGAUGCAAACAUCGGUGCAACCAGUGAUGCAAACAUCUGUGCAACCAGUGAUGCAACCAGCGAUGCAAACAUUGAUGCAACCAGUGAUGCAACCGGUGAUGCAAACAUCGAUGCAAACAGUGAUGCAACCAGCGAUGCAACCAGUGAUGCAACCAGCGAUGCAACCAGUGAUGCAACCAGCGAUGCAACCAGUGAUGCAACCAGCGAUGCAACCAGCGAUGCCAAAUCCCUAUGCUAAUUUGUCUGUGUAUCUCACGGAACCCUCUUGGGGACCAUAUAUUACCCCUUACGUAGUACAACCUGAGCAGAACUUGACGGCUGCUUUUGCAAACGGGCAACAAAUAUUUCCUGCACCAACGAAAAUAUUUACAGCACUGAAUUUAACACCUCUUAAUAGGGUGAAAGUGGUUAUAUUAGGACAAGAUCCCUUUACAGAUGGAAAUAAGGCAUGUGGUCUUGCCUUUUCUGUACCAGCUGGGUGUCCAAUUCCACCGUCACUGAGGAAUAUAGUCACUUGUUUACAAAAUGAUCCGGAUGUGAACUUCACACAGCCUGAUCAUGGAGAUCUAACUAUGUGGGCUGAUCAGGGUGUUUUGCUGUUAAACACAAUUCUUACAGCUGGACAAACACCAUUAAGCCAUGAACACUUUGGAUGGGAGAUACUUACAGACAAUGUUAUCAAAACAAUCAGUGAUACUCAACACCAUGUUGUUUUUAUUUUGCUCGGUGCGCAUGCCAAGUCUAAAAUCCCUUUAAUAGAUUCGUGGAAACACACAAUACUGACUGCUUCCCAUCCAGCUGCCAGGGGUGAACCGUUUAUCAGAUCUAACAUAUUUUCCAGUUGUAAUCAGGCUUUACAGUUGCAUUGGCAAUCACCUAUCAAUUGGCAAAUACCGCCUAUCAGUUGGCAAAAUGAUAUUACCGAAAUGAAUGUUAGACAAGACGCACAGACUUCAUCAACAGCAACUGUUGAGGAACGGUUACAUAGCAGUAAUGAUUCAGUUGACAAGAUCAUAUUUUGUGUAUAUGAUAUAGACAACUGGGGAUGUUAUCAGGAGUUAAUGCCAGAAAUAUUCCCACCAAGCGAUGAAAUAGACACUUCAGAAGGUGAGAGAAUUUUGUUAUAUUUCCUUCUUUCUCUUCGACGAUAUGUUUAUUAA